GUAGUUGUACAAUGCUGACAGCUUGAGCGAGAGAAGCUUCCGCGGUUUCUAAAAGAAGUUUUGUGAUCUUUCUAGCUCUGAGAAUUUCAACCUCUUCGGUAGAAGCAAACUAUUGCUUACGAGGACAAAGAGUUUUCGAAGAGGAGGGUGGGGGUGAGAGUAUGCCUCCGAGAAAAGAACCCUGCAGAAAUUUCCAGCGUGGAAGUUGUCAAUAUGGUGAGCGGUGUAAGUUUCUUCAUGUAACACAACAACAACCAAAAGCUAAUGUUUUUGGAUAUGGUGUUCAAAGUAGCACUCAACUUCAGCGAUCAAAUUUGCAACAGCACAAGCCCAAUUCUCUCGGCUUUGGUGUUCAAGGCAGCCCACAGGCAAGAGGGGCAAAUGGUUUUGGAUCCAAACAGGACCAGUUCAAGCCUUAUGAAAAUACUUGGACGCGUUUCUCCCCCAUAAAUGCUGGCGGCUUCCAAGCAUCACAGCAACCUGAUAACCAGCCUCCGACAGCUCAUCAUAAGUGCACAGAUCCUGAAUUGUGUAAAGGUCAAAUCUCGGAAGAUUUUCAGCAUGAAAGACCGCUUUGGAAGCUUACAUGUUAUGGCCAUGGUAAGAGUUCUCCUUGUGACAUCAGUGGCGAUAUUAGCUUUGAAGAAUUGCGAGCAGCUGCAUAUGAUGAUGCAAAGCGUGGCUUGAGCUUGCAGUCAAUUGUUGAGAGAGAGAGGACUUUACUCAAUACCAAGUUACUUGAAUUCGAAAGCCUACUUCGUAAUCCUUAUGUGGUUCCUCUUGCUAAUGCUUCUCGAAGUGUUUUUCCUGGGGCCACUCACAGUGUAUCUUCCCUGAAUGCUCAAAAUAGCACCCCCCCUCCUGUUUCCAGUUUCAGUCAACUUGGUGCUUCACUUAACACGGGGUUUGGAACAAGGCUUGCUACUCCAUCAGAGAACGCUUUUCAUUCAGCUGAAAACUCCAGUCAGACUACUAGUGUGUUUGGGACAAACAACUCGCCAUUUGGAACUGCAGGUUCUCAUGGAAGUCAACCUCGUAACCAGUCAUUUGGAGGUUCUUUUGCCGUCAGUACAGCGACCUUCAGUAAUAGAGCCAUUAGUGCAGAACGUAACCCAUUUUCCACUUCAGCAAUGUCCCCACAAAUUCCUAGUUCAGCAAGCAUCCAGUCCCCAAUACUUUCAAAGAUGCUAAACUCUAACCCUACUGCAAUCGGACAGUUAUCUGAGAAUGUGGAUUUGAGUGAUAAUAUGCCUAAGCAGAAUGGUUCAGUGGAUGAUAAUAUCUGGUUGAAAGAGGAAUGGAUUUCUGGAGAGAUUCCAGAAGAAGCACCUCCUGACAGAUACAUUUUCUAGGGUUUUUGUAGGAUAAGUCAGGUAUUUCAAAUUCGCCAAGUGCAUGGGUUCACCACAAUGUGUGGCUACAAUGAGUGAUGGGGGAAAUGCCCCCGUGCUAACAUUGACGUUUUGUUUGUGUUACGCAUCUUAACUGUUCUUUCCCUCCUUUCUGAAGAAGUACCUCCUGACAGAUGCAUCUUCUGGGGUCAUUGUAGGAUAAGUAGGGUAUUUCAAAUUCAGAUUGGUAAACAGUCCACAACUGACCAUGUUGUGGAGUAUUCUUAAAACUUGAUCUUCCACCACAAACUUUUAACACGCUUUCCGGGAACCCAAGCAACUUGCACCUAGAUGCUGCAUCAAAUAUGCUUGCCUUGAUAUGUUUGGGUUGAUAUGAAAUUUUUUCGGGGUUGGAGUUUCUGGGAAAUGAUUGGGAAUGAUGGGGAUUGUGGCCUUGGUUUGGUGGUGUAACUGAAACUGAUAAUUUCAUCAGUGGACAAGAUUGUAAUAAAAAUAUUAGUAUUUGCUCUAGGGGAAUA